AUGGAUCUGCAGCUGGUGCUUCUUCCUUUUGGCUAUGCAAGCUCGACACAAGCGACGGAGCUGGUCAACAUGGCCAGCUCUGGCAGAGAUUCCGAGGUGGAGGAGCUGCUGCACGAGCGCCUGGAUCCAGACAUCACGUACAGUCGAGGAGAAACUGCUCUCUUCGCGGCAUCCCGGAAGGGCCGUGCAUCUACGGUGAAACUCCUUUUGGAGGCGAAGGCAAGCACAGACAAGGUGUCCGAGCGCAACCGCUUAGGCACAGCUUUGAAUGUCGCGUGCUUUGCGGGCCACGCGGGUGUGACACAGCUGCUGCUGGAGGCUCGCGCCGAAGUUGAGAAAGUACCGGGACAUGGAGAGCUGCCGCUGAACUUGGCAUGCUUCAAGGGCAGCGCCGAAGUGGUUCGGCAUCUCUUAGGCGCAAAGGCAGACAAGGACGCCUGUGGGCAACAGGGCUUCACACCGCUGCUUGAGGCUUGUUCCAGAGGAAACGUGUCCGUAGUGAGACUUCUUUUGGAAUCUCGCGCGAACGUCGAUAAAGUCUGCUGCUCUGACGAUGUGUCCUACGGCGAAACUCCGCUGUACGUGGCUGCGCGGUCCGGCUACAUCGAAGUGGUGCGGCUCCUGCUGCAGGCGGGCGCCGACACCGAGAAGAUCUGUGGGAUGCAAGGUGUCACAGCCGUGGAUAUGGCUCGCCGGAAGAGCCGGAUGCAGACCUGGUUUCUGCUAUUGGAGGCGAGCGCUAGGCAGAAUCAGCUCGCCGGGUCUUGCCUGAAGCUGAUGCGAAGCUUCCUCUCAACACUUCUGUCUGGAUGGAGGGCGAAGAGGCUGUAG